AUGCAUUUUUCAGGAGCCAAUAUGGCUGCUUUGUUUACAGAUUUAUGGUGUGGCAAAAUGAAGAACUAUGCCCCAGAUGACCGUGCUACAUGGGACUGGGCAGUCCUCGUUAACGACGUGUGGGAAGAGCAUGGCGCUGCAGUUGCUGCAUGUCGGCCAUAUCUUCCAGGCUCAUUCGACAAUCCCCCGCGAAACCCUGCUGAAAAAAUGAACACACAUUAUAAAGCCCGCGAGUACAUUACUUGGCUCUUUGGUCUCGCUCCUGCUUUGCUUUAUGGAAUUCUUCCACACAAGUAUUGGCUCAAUUUCUGCAAGUUCACUCAAGCCCUUCGUAUCAUGAGCCAAUACAGCAUAAACUCGGCUCAACUCAUGGACGCCUUCAUUAAGUUUGCAGAAUGGGAAGGCGAAUUCGAAGAGAUUUACUAUCAACGUCUCGCACACCGUCUCCAUUUUAUUCGCCCGUGUGUACACUUAUCAAACCACCUUGCUCUCAAAGCCUCUCGUGUUGGCUCACCUAUCUGUUCAUCUCAGUGGACCAUGGAAAGAACAUUCGCUGACGUUGAGUUUGAUCUCCGUCAACCCAAAUUGCCGUAUGCAUGCCUCACGCAGGUAUGCUCGCUUCGUUGUCAAACCAAUGCCAUCAAAUCUAUGUUUCCACACUUCGAUCCACCAGAUGUACUUGCUCCGCGAUACUCUCUGGAUAUCGGAAAUGGCUAUGUGCUUCUUCGUGCCCGUGACAAACGAUCACGUUGUGCUGCAAGUCCUGCGGAGGCAGCAGCAAUGGCUGAUUUUCUUGGCCAUGAAGCUCCGAAAUUUUUUCGUUGGGCCCGUCUCCAUCUUCCUAAUGGUCAAAUUUCACGAUCAGCUUGGAAAGAAAAGGACCGGCCAGUAGAACAUUCACGAUCAGCCCGAAACAUCAAGGCAAAAUGGCAUUUCAAAAAUGUUGCAAUUGUCUCUCUCUAUUCUCCUCCUGAUGCUGCACUCCUAGAAUUGUCUUUCGGUACAGUUUGGUCGUGCAAACACCAGGGCGAUCGUGGACUUCAUGUUGUAGAGAUUGAACAAAUCCAGGCAGUUGUCGCUGUAAUACCCCACCGACCCACCUUGCCAUCUGGAGUCACCGAAGAUCGUUUUUUUGUCGUCGAGAGAACUGGCUUGGAUGUUUCAAUGACUGGAGUAUUUCUUGAAGAGAAUGAUGACAAUGUUGACAGUGACGAGGAAGAAGGUUGA